GGCUGCUGUUCAGGUGUGAGCGCUGUGUUCUCACUGUGUGACGAGUUAUGAUUCGCUUUAAUUCAGUUUAAUUUAAGAACUAAAGCUGAUUUAUUCAGUUUUCUGUUUUCUGGGAAAGAUGGGAGAUCAGUUUCAAGGGCCCCGGGCCGAGGCCUCAGGGGCCCCACAGGCCCUCAGCCUGGAUGAAGCUCGGCUGGACGCUCUGGGGCAGCGGAGAGAGAAGCCUCGCCGAUCUGUGGGGGAGAGGAUGAGGGCGGAGCUUCAGUGUUCUGGUUCUCGGGUGAAGGGCUACUUCCUGUCAUGUGUUCCUCUGCUGUCAUGGCUUCCUCAAUAUUCAUUCAGAGAAAACGCUUUUGGAGACGUUAUCUCAGGAAUCAGUGUGGGCAUCAUGCAUCUGCCACAAGGAAUGGCCAACGCUGUACUCGCUAAUGUACCUCCUCUCUACGGUCUCUACUCAUCUUUCUACCCAAUCCUGAUCUACGUCAUUUUUGGAACUUCUAAACACCUUUCAGUGGGUACGUUCUCUGUGCUGGCGAUCAUGGUGAGCACAGUGAUCAGUGAGUUUGAGAUGGACAGAAUGGAGAAGAAUGCCAGCGACGCAGAGAUGAACAGAGUUAUCCUGGCGUCUCAGCUCACUAUACUGUGUGGAUUAAUACAGAUGCUGCUGUGUGUGUUGCGGUGUGGGGGUCUGUGCCGCUGGCUCUCUCGCCCGCUGGUUCGUGGGUACACCACCGCAGCCGCCGUCCACGUGACCAUCCACCAGCUCCCCUUACUGAUGGGCAUCUCUACCCGCCCACACAGAGGGUUUCUGUCCCUGACCUGGAUGUUGGUGGAUGUUGUGGGUGGUGUUACGGGAGCGUCGGGUGGGACGCUGGUGGUCUCGGUUGUUUCUGCAGUGAUUCUUGCCGGAGGGAAGAUGCUGAACUGUCGGUUUAAAGCCUGUUUACCGAUUCCGGUUCCCUGGGAGUUACUGCUGGUCAUUCUGGCCAUCAUGCUGUCGGACUGGCUGGACCUGCCCAGACUGUACGGGGUUCAGACAGUGGGCGCUAUACCAACAGGUCUCUCUCCUCCGUCUCUCCCAUCGCUCUCUCUCUCCGGGGAGCUGGCAGUGCCCGCUCUGGCUCUGGCAGUGGUUGGUUUCGGGUUGAACGCGUCUCUGGGCAGCAUGUACGCCCUGAAGCACGGGUACCGCUUCCACAGCCACCAGGACCUGUUUGCUCUGGGAGUGUGUAACGCGGUGGGUGGGCUGUUCCAGUGUUUUGCAGUGAGCUGUUCUAUGUCCCGCAGUACCGUACAGGAGAACACUGGAGGAAAAACUCAGGUUUCAGGUUUGGUGUCGGCGCUGCUUAUCUUGGCGGUUCUGCUGAAGUUUGGACCGCUGUUUGAAAAGCUGCCAAAGGCAGUCCUGGCGGUGAUUGUAUUGGUGAAUCUGUUGGGGAUUUUUGCUCAGAUCAGAGAUGUACCAAAACUCUGGGCUACAGACCGACUAGAUCUAUUGGUGUGGUCAGUGUCUCUGGUCUCAGCUCUGUUGUUGAAUCUGGACAUUGGUCUCGGAGCCGCUGUCCUGUUCUCUCUCUUCACCAUCGUCUUCCGAACACAGCGCUCCAGGUUUGCUGUUCUCAGGGUGAUCCCUGGUUCUGACUGUUACAAAGAUAUUAAGAUGUACUCAAAGGUGAAGAAGAUUCCCGGAGUGACCAUCUUCUCCUCCUCCCACCCUCUAUACUUCUCCAACAGUGAGCUCUUCUUCACCUCACUCAGACAGAUAGUAAAUGUGGAGAGGAAGGAGAAUCCUGCAGUAAGUUCUUUAGGGUUCAGAGAGAAUCAGCACUGUGUGAUUCUGGAGCUGAGUGCUGUUAGCUUCAUGGAUUCAACAGCCAUUAACAUGCUUACUACUCUCAUUGAGGACUUGAAUAUCAUGCAGAUCUCUCUGUUUCUUGCUGCCUGUCCAGACGGACUCUUCUCCCAGAUGAAGGAACAUGGUUUAGUUCCAGAUGGUUUGGCGAGAUCCUGCUUUUUCCACUCAGUGCACCACGCUGUCCAGCACUGGCAGAACGUGCAGGACGUGGACUCUGGUGACCUCACCGACGAUUCAACCCCAACACACAUUCACCUUCAUGAACUGGAACAGGACACCUUUGAACCUUUGACCUUUGACCUCCAGGACUGAGCUCUUCCUACUGGAUGAUUACAAAAAAAAAACAUUGAGUACAUUUUUUUUUGGGAUGAAAUAUAAAUUAAUGCAUGUUUUACAAUUGUGGAACCUUUGCACCAGGUCAGAGGCAGGGUUAGCGCAGGUCGCAACGCUAACAGUCAGGCUCAGCAGGGUUGGAGCCACAAUGCUAACAGACACAGCAGCUGGGCUUGCCAGGGUUACCAUGAGUUAGCCACAGGGCAAAUAGCUAGGUUUAGCAGGGUUGUAGCCACAGUGCUAAUACACACAGCAGCUGGGGAUACACAGGGUUUUGGAGCAGAUUGCAAUGCUAAUAGCCAGGUUUAGCAGGGUUGGAGCCACAAUGCUAACAGACACAGCAGCUGGGCUUGCCAGGGUUAGCAUGAGUUAGCCACAGGGCAAACAGACAGUUUUAGCAGGGUUGGAGCCGCAAUGCUAAUACAAACAGCAGCCGGGGAUACACAGGGUUGAAGCUGGUUACAAUGCUAACAGCCGGGUGUAGCAGGCUUGGGAGCAACAACUCUAAUAAAAAACAACUAGGGUUAGCAUGAGUUAGCCACAGGGCAAAUACCUAGGUUUAGCAGGGUUGGUACAACAGUGUUAAUACACAGGGUUUUGGAGCAGGUUGCAAUACUAACAGCCAGGCUCAGCAGAGUUGAAGCCACAAUGCUAACAGAAACAGCAGCUGGGCUUGCCAGGGUUAGCAUGAGUUAGCCACAGGACAAACAGCCAGUUUUAGUAGGGUUUGUGCAACAAUGCUAACAGACACUUUAGCCGGGGUUGGAAGGUUUAGAGCAGGUUAUCUGUGAUGCUAAAAGUUGGACUUUGCAUUAAGAGCCACAAUGCUAACAGACAGCCACCAGGCUCUGUAAGUUUAAAUGAAUGAAUGAAUGAACGAGUGAACAGAAUGAGGGAGGUGUAGCUAAAUAUGAAGCAUUUGAUUGGUCUGAGAUGCUAGUGCUUUAGAGCAACAUCUACUGGCAGUAGUGCUCCUUAAACCGCUGCAUUUAUAUUUACCAUGUUGUUUGGUCAGCAAUCUUAAUAACAGAGCUCUUAUUGGUCAGCCUGAUUUUAAUUUUGAAGAGGACAUAGUAUGCAAAAUUCAAUUAUUGCAUGUUUUUGUAUUUCCAGUUCUGAAAUGCCCUUAUAAACACAUGAACACCAUAAAAUCCAUCCAUCCGUUUUCUGUAAAUCAGCUAAAAGAGUUUAAUAUCAGGAAUCAUUUGCUUUUAUGAGCCAUUUAGAUGCUUCUUCCUUAUUGUGACGUCACAAUUACAAAACUCAGCAUAGAGCCACCCUGGCUCCACCCCUCACCCAUCAACCCCUUUUAGAGCCCCGCCCACUAGAUCAGUUACAGAAAGGUUAUUUUGUUCGGCUGGUUAAGAAUCUCAGACAAUACACAGCAGGAUUAGCAAUCAGACUUUUUCUGAAGGAGGGAUCUGUAACUACUGUCUGUGGCGAGUCAGCAGAUGUAAAAACUAGUAAGAAUAGAGCUGUGAGAUCUUUAUCUUUAGGUGAUAGUGAUUUUCUCUAAAGAUGUUUUAUAUAAAACAUACACUUACUGUAUUCUAACCUUUCUUUUGUAAAAACAGGUAUAAUAUGUUUCCUUUAGCACGUCUGUACAAUGCUGUACAAAAAUAAACAAUCCCUGACUGAACAAAAUACACAUCUCUAGAUUUCCUCAGUUUUAGACUCUGUUUACAUGUACAGUAUAUUUUAAUUAUGUUUAAAUUUAGUAAAAUUUCUUAAUGUUUCCUGUAGAUAGUCAAACAUGUAGCACACAGAAGUGAAGUGAUGUAAGCUGUAGUUUUUCUCUGUAAAGAUGGGAUUAUUCUAAAAUUAUUAUGAUGUUUUUGAGAACAUAAACCUGUCUGUAUGGAACCCAAGCUAGGAGAAGUUUCCAGCUACUCCCAGUAUUAAAUAAAAUCAUAGCGCCUAAACAAUUACACAAU